AUGAUGCGCUUUUCAGAAAAUGCGAUUUCGUCCGUUAUCAAAUCUUCAAGAGGAGCACAUAUUGAAUGCAACCGCAAGGUUCAAAGAAGCUUUGGGUCAAGCGUAAUAUUUUUCGGAAAACAAAAUAUUGCACUUCGUGGUCAUAUGGAAUCCAGUACGGAUAAUAACAAAUAUCGAGGAAAUUUUCUUGCACUUCUUGACUUCUGUGUAGAAGGAGGAGAUGACAUUAUCGCGAAACACCUACGCGAGUGCGCAAGAAAUGCUACUUAUACGUCUGCUACUAUUCAGAAUGACAUAAUAGAGAUAACAAUGGAGUAUUUGAGGAACCAAAUUAAUUGUGAAAUUCCAGAGUAUGUACCUUUCUUCACGAUUCUCGCCGAUGAAACAACUGACGUUUCGAAUACUGAACAGCUUUGCAUAUCAAUUCGAUUUGUCGAUGAAACUUGUAGUAUACAUGAAGAAUUUCUUGCAUUUGAAAGUUUGGCACGGACGACAGGUGAAGCUGUGGCCACAUCAAUCCUCGAGGCGCUCCAAACCUGGUCAUUAGAUGUGAAAUUUUGCAGAGGACAGGGAUAUGAUGGAGCAUCUAGUAUGUCCUCGGCUGCAAGAGGGUGGUCUGGCUCUCCACGCUGGGUGAAGAGGCAUGAGGCGUUCGAGGUAUUUAACAGCCUUUUCAGAGCAAUUGUCAAGACAUUAGAAGUAAUGGCAAAUAAGCGUGUUUACCUUGACGAGUACGGAUCCUGGAAAUGGGACCAGGAAACGCGCAUAAAGGCGAGCGGUUUUCUGGCAGCCGUAACUCAGUUCCAGUUCAUAGUAACGAUGAUCACAGUGAUGAGAUGUUUGUCUGUUCUGAAAUCACUAAGCAUACAACUGCAGAAACGCGACAGUGACAUUUAUAAGGCUUACAUCCAAGUUAUCACUGUGAAAUCAGAUCUGAAAGCUAUCAGAGCGCAGAUCGAGGUUCGCUUAAAUCGGUGGUACGAAGCAAGCGUUUAA